UUGUUAUUUUUAUUGCCGUCUUCAUAAUCUAGGGUUUUGAGAGCGCUCAACCGAGUGAGAGAGGGAGGGAGGGAGUGAGAGAGCAGCCGUUGCAGAGCUCGCCAAUAUGGUCAAGUUUUUGAAGCCUAACAAGGCCGUGAUCAUCCUUCAAGGUAGAUUCGCAGGUCGCAAAGCAGUGAUAAUUCGAUCUUUCGAUGAAGGCACUCGUGACCGUCCCUAUGGCCACUGCUUGGUUGCUGGGAUCGCUAAGUAUCCAAAGAAGGUGAUUCGUAAGGACUCAGCCAAGAAGACUGCGAAGAAGUCUCGCGUGAAGAUAUUCAUCAAGCUCGUCAACUAUAACCACAUAAUGCCUACUCGUUACACCCUUGAUGUCGAUCUCAAAGACGUUGUCACGCUCGAUAUCUUCCAAUCUCGGGAUAAGAAGGUUACGGCUUUGAAGGAGACUAAGAGUCGAUUCGAGGAGCGGUUCAAGACGGGAAAGAACAGGUGGUUCUUCACCAAGCUCAGAUUCUGAGUCAAUAUGAUGGAAUCAAAGGAAUCUCUCUCUGCUACAUAUUAUUUUUUUAGCUGGCAUUGAUGGCUUUGCUUUGUUUGUUGAUUUGGGGAAUCUAAAGUUCAGGAUUUGGGAUUGAUGAUGUGAACAUAUUUUGCUUAAUUACGGGAAAAUGAUAAUGAAUUUCUGCUUUGUUUAGUUUACCA